UGGGUGGUUCAACAGGCAUAUUCAUUUCCAAUCCAUGAUCGUUAUCGAACCUUGCAACUGCACAUCAUCCAGCAAAGCUUUUUCUUCCUGCGCCGGAUGGGCCUCCCGGGCAACCUUGAGACCUUGAGUUGAUGUCUAUAAAUGCUUAACUAUCACCGUCUUGUUGGAUCGACACCACACCAUCAACCCGCGAUCGCAUCACUUCUGCUUCACUCUCCCCACCAAACACUUGGCUACCUCAACCAUCAGCGAUUUAAUUCUCCUACUCGCCGUCGAUCUUCUCUACAUCCCUGCUUGCCACUAUCGCUAGACCACCAACUUGUGGAACAAGAAUUAGCGCUUAUCAUCUGUUGGCCAAAAUCCCCCGUAUCCAUGCUCGCCGCCACUCUCGACCUAAUGGCUCGUCGAUUCUUUCCGGGCCAGAAUGCUGCCUUCGGGCUGAGCGUCUUCCUCUUUACAUUCAUGUUUUUGCCCACCUUGGUUGUCUUGCUCGCCGUCAUUGUCUUUUUUCUUUUCUAUUUUCCACGGCUUCGGAAGCCGAUCCACGAUUAAGGGACAAUGCUAUACAAUCAGCCCACCAGCCCCGUGGGACCGACAUGCGAUACGAAGCCCCGAGAUAAUGAUUAUAACUAUUCAGACUUUGUUACUCGAAAGUGCUACCUCAUAUAAGAGGAGACGACCAAUUGCGACCGUUAA